AGGUCUUCGGCUACCAUGCGCUCCUUUGCGCUUGCGUGUACUGCGGUGACGCUCAUGGCGCCAGGAUCCAGCGGCUUUCAGGGAGCCAUGCCGAUCCUUCGAUCUCAAUGCCAGUCAGGAAAGCAAGUAGCCUGCAUGACCUGCGAUAGGGGUAUCGGCAACUUGAGAAUGAACGAGAAUGUUGCAAAGGAGGGAGAGCAAGGACUCGUGAUUGGACGAAGGGACAUGCUCGUUCGAACCGGCCUUGCACCCCUCAUUUUCGGCGCUCUUUUUCCUCAGAAUUCAUUUGCAGACAUGACACUCAACAGCUUCAAGCGAGCAUACUUUCGAUAUGCUCCUAGGAUCGAAGAAGGCCGAGAUUUCUUUGUGUUGGAAGUGCGAUCAUUGAUUGAGAAGGGAGAAUGGGACAAGAUAGCUUCACUUUACGAGCUUACAUCCGUCGCACAAGAGGGCAGUUCCAAAAAAUCAAUUGGGCUCGACAUUAAGCAAUCUGCCCUUGAGCGAACCCUCUUUUUGCCAAUGCAGGUCUUUAUCACUUCAUUUGAAGAGAAAGGAACAGGUCCCAAGCAACGUAAGAUGAACGCACAGGUAGACGAACUGAUUCUGGCCUGUGACAAGAUCAAAGAAGCUGUAGAAAAAAAGGAUAAGCAGGCUGCGUUGGCCGCAUGGGAUGAAGGGCGAGAGCACUUCAACAAGUACCUUCGCAUUGCCAACAAGGGCAUGACAAUGCAGGUGAGGCAAUUCGAUCUGAUCCCGGAGGACAGCAGCAAGUAUGUCAGGACUCCGACCCGGCCUCUCAACACGUACGCUCAGGUCGGGAAAGCGACACAGCAAUUCCAGUUCUGUGACGAGAAAGGUUGUGUGAAAUAGGCUUCAAGUGAUAACGACUAUUCUUUCGUUAAUAUACAUUCGGAUCAGUAAAGAUGAAUUCUCAUU